UAAAUAAAUAUAUUUGUGUCAUAAGAAACGUACCUGAACUAACUUGGGACCACACCAAAACACCCUCAAAACAAGCAUCAAUGUACUUUCUCUCUCUUCACCUCUCUCUGACAUGAUCUCUCAAUGAGAAGCACUUAUAUAGCCACCAACCAAAAAUUCUCAAUUUACAAAGCCUUCAAACACAUUUCUUCCAAAACCUGCUUUUUUCUCCUUUCCUCAAGACCCAUUUUUUUCUUCCCCAAAUGGAGUAUGAAGAUGAAGAUUGGCUUUGUGUCACUAUGGAUGAGUUUUCUCUUGCUACUGAAAAUGGUUGUAACAGGAAGAGGAACUUUGAUGAUGACACGAAAGAGUACAAAUCAAAGAACCUUGAGACUGAAAGGAGGAGGAGGGAGAAGCUCAGUAGCAGGCUUUUGAUGCUGCGGUCUAUAGUACCUAUAAUCACAAAUAUGAAUAAAGCAAUGAUUGUUGAAGAUGCUAUCACCUACAUUGAGAAGCUGCAAGACAAGGUUCAGAGUCUCAGCCAAGAGCUUCACCAAAUGGAAGCAACUUCAGAGGAAACAGCAGAGACAAAAAUAGUUGAAAUUGAUGCUGCGGAAGAUAUGAAGAAUUGGGGGAUACAGGAAGAGGUCAUAGUGGAAGAAAUAAACGAGAAUAAACUCUGGGUUAAGAUCAUUGUUGAGAAGAAAAGGGGAAGAUUCAGCAGAUUGAUGGAGGCCCUCAAUAAUUUUGGCAUUGAACUCAUUGACACCAAUCUCACAACCACAAAAGGAGCAUUUCUGAUUACAAGCUUCAUAAAGGGCAAGAACGGUGAAAGACUUGAAAUUCAUCAAACCAAGAAUUUAUUGCAAGAUAUCAUCAAUGACAUAUAGAGCCCGUAGAAAUGGACUCUUAGUUAUUUAAUCGUAAGGACAUGAUUACAUUGAGAGGUCUGUACGGACAAAAAAGAUAUAUCACUAUAUACCAGUUAAGAUCAUUUUUGUUUGUUGUUUCUGUUGGAUGGUGCACAAUAAAUCAGUUCAUUUUCUUGCAUCCCUCUAUCCCCUCCCAAAAAAGGCACAUGUUAACAUCAACUGCAACUUUAUU